CCACCCUUUUGUCGUGCUCUGUUCCUUUCUUUCUUCGUACUACAAAAUCCAAGAAAGAAAGAAACAGCCACCAAGAAAACCACUCUCUCACCACCGUGAGUCUCCUCCACCGUCGUCACCUUCCGUAGUCACCACCACCAUCAUCUUUCAAACAAUGCCGGGACCCUUUUCUUUCUUGUCCCGCAAGAAACCCACCUCACUCCCUUUCAAAGACUAUUACGAAAACUGGUUCAACACCCUCAAAAACACCCUCCUCCCUCUCCUCCACCAAUCCCUCUCAUCUCCUUCUCCUUCCCUCCUCCCUUUCCGCCGUGACCUCCUCCUUCAACACUUCCUCUUUUACUACGACUCCCUCGACCAAGCCGCCGCCGUCGACGUUUCUCAAAUUCUUUUCCCUUCUUGGCGUAACUCACUCGAAACCCCAUUCCUUUUCCUCGGUGACCUCCAUCCUUAUCUCUUCACCAACCUCCUCCGUUCAUUCAUCGACGCCGCAAACAACAACAAAACCCAAAACCCAGAAUCACUCGAUAAACCAUAUCAAGUUUUAACAGCUUGGAUUAACCCACCAGAGAAACUAAUCCUACGGAUCGAACAAAUCGAAUGUGGGUUAAGACUAAUGGUUCCCCCAUUGAUUUCAAGAGUAAGGAAAGUCCAAGCAGCUUUUAUUCGGAAAGUUGCAGAGAAAUGGGAUUCAAACGAAGGGUUCAAAAAGAAAGGGACAAGAGAAGCUGUAAAGGCAGAAAUGGAGGAAAUGUUGGAUGUGUUAAUGGGGGCUAAUAGAUUAAGAAGGAGUGUGAUAAUUGAGAUUGUGAAUGCAGCCAAUGUUUAUCAAGGUGCGUUGUUUCUUGAAGGGUUAGCCCAAUUUCUUGUUGGGUUUAAAGAUACGGCAUUGGUUGGUGAAUUUCGAAGAUGUAAGAUGAUGAUGAUGAUGGAUAUCAAUGGAGGAGGAACUCACUGGGGAUUUUGAGAAUUUGGUUUUCAUAAUAUAUAUUAUUCUGGGGAACCUGGAAAUUUUGAGGUUAGUACUUAGUACACCACCAUUUUUCAAGGUUUUAUUUGCUUCAAUGGCUGUCUUUACUUGAAUCAAUUUCACAUAGUUUUAGGGUGUAGUAUCCGAUUCAAUCAUUUUUAGAUACUGUUUGUAAAUUUCGAAGGAUUAAAGAAGGUUUAUAUUAGCUUCCAUUAAGUUUACAAUUUCGACAA